UGCAGCGAGGGAGAGAGAGGACGGGAGACGGAGAGGGAGGGCUUAAACGCGGGGAGAGGAAAACUUUUCGCUCGGCUGCCCUCCUCAUAAGCAAUGAGCGAAGUUCGCUAAAAGUCAUAUGGAUCGACUGGACCGAGAGUUUCGCACCAGACGAUGGCAAACGGGAAUCAGACGGAGGUGUAUUUAUCCGAGCAGGUGAUCGUGCUGUUUUCGUGCGCCCUGUCUUUCCUGGGCUCCUCUCUGAUCAUCCUCACCUACAUUAUUUGGUCGGAUUUGAGGACAACACCGAGGAGGCUGCUGGUUUACCUCUCCGUGGCUGACUGGCUCUCCGCCGUCUCCUACGCCUUCGGGGUCUGGAGAGUUUUCCGCAGCGACUCGGUCGACUGCGUCGUCCAAGGAGCAAUAUCCACUUUCGCCAACACCAGCUCUUUUUUCUGGACCGUGGCCAUCGCUGUUUACCUGUACAUUUUCAUCGUCAGGUCCAGUCAGAGAGUCGCUGACAGCCUGGUGUUGUCCUUCCAUUUCGUCAGCUGGGGCGUUCCUCUGGCCAUCACCAUCGCAGCCGUGUGCCUCAACAAGAUCGGUUACGAUGCAUCCGAGGUGUCGGUGGGCUGGUGCUGGGUCAGGAUCCAUGCUCCGGACCGGGUCCUGUGGAUGCUGCUGACCGGAAAGAUCUGGGAGUUUCUGGCUUACCUCACCCUCCCCGUCUUCUACAUUUUGAUCAAGAGGCACAUCCACAUAGCGCAUGCUGCCCUGUCAGAGUACCGUCCCAUCCUGGCCAACAGGCCUCCAUCACACUCCUUCUCCUCCAUGGCUGACAUGAAGCUCACACUCAUUCCCAUCAUCUUCAUCGCCCUGCGCAUCUGGAGCACCGUGCGCUUCAUCCUGCUGCUAGCUGGCUCGCCGGCCAGACAGAACCCAGUGCUGGUCACCCUACAUGGUAUCGGCAACACCUUGCAGGGAGCGGCCAACUGCACCAUGUUUGUGUUGUUUACUCGGCCCAUCCGAACACGUCUCUGCACCGCGCUCUGCUGCUGCUGCUGCGCCAAGCGUGGAGCUGAGGUACGCCGCUCUCACGAAGCCCCUCACAGUCUGCUGCCUGGACAGGACGCCUCCAACCAGAGAGAAGAAGACAGCAGCAGCCGGGUCCGCACCGACAGAUGAUACUUCAUCCUGCAGAGGAGGAGGUGGACGAAGGUCGACGUGAAGGGAGCAGCAGAGGUCUCCACUUCACAUUAAGCCUCAUUACAGCGAGUGCCUGCCGGGAGGGUCAUGGAUUCUGCAGGUGACAUCUGUGUCGCACAACAGCACUUUGGGUGAUGGGAUGAUGCUGCCUGACUGUUGGCCAGCAUUCAGGGAAGCAUUUUGUCGCAUUCAAUGUGCUGCAUCUCGCACUUUAACCCUCUGAACUCUCAAACCUGCCAGUGGGUUUAAAAGACGGGAUUACAGAAACUACACCCAUUUAUCAGAGCCAGAGAUGAAAUAGUUGGAUUUUCAACAAUUCAUUAAAGAAUCAUGUGCCGUUCCAGCGGGGAAAUUAAGCAAAUCUAACCUUAAAACAACAAUAUUUCAUCAAAAUCACAUUGCUUUCAUUUACAGUUUCACCCAAAAUUAAAUAAAUUAAUAAAUUACUUUAAGUAGACAAAUUCUGCGCUUCUCGCCACAACUUAGAAGUAACUCAACAAAAAUUCAAAACCUUUUAGACUGAACUGCAGGCUGUGUUUACACAGCAAAAAUAUAAGUAGUAGAAUAAUUAUUUUUAACUUAAAAUUAUUGUUUUUCAUUUUUUUUGGUAAUAUAAUAGGAGAAAUGAACAUUUUUUUCAGUUUUUAUGAUUUGUGGCUGUAUAAAUACGUCAUACCGCAUGAGCUCUCUCUACAUUUAGGCCAUAGUUGUGCUGUUUAUUACAGUAAAUAAAUGAGCCCACAGUGAGUAAAAAUGUCACAGGAGCAAAGAAAAACACCCAGAAACUGCUUGGAGUUCAGAGGUUUAAAAUGGAGGUUUCACUUUCAGUUGCUCUUCAUUUUCUGUUCUCUUUUUUGAAAAACGUUACACUCCAUGAAGAACUGUUUACCAUGUACUGUUGUGAGGUUAUCACUGUGAAAUAAUGUUCUAGUUUCAUUUGUAUUUGUGGGAAAAUGUUCAGUGUUAAGAUAAGUAAAAAAAACACUUUAAAGCUUUAAAGCUG